CACCAAGAGGAAAUCAGAAACCCUAGACAGAGAGAAGGUGGAAUUUGGAAAUUUAUGACAAACAUCCCUUUUCUCCGCCUUUCCCAUAAAUCCUUUUCAGCUGCUUAAAUUUUUGCCUUUCCCGUAUUCUUCACUUCUCCAUUUACCGAUUUUCAGCUUAAAAGCUCCCUUCUCCCGAGGUAGGUUUUGCAUUGAGCUUUUGAUUGGUUGUUGUUGGAGUGGAGGAAUAUGGGAAAGCCUACUAUUGCUAGGAAGAAAUUCCAGAUAGGGUCGAAAUCGGAAACCGGCAAAGCUAGCCCGAAGGCGGCGGCGGCUUUCGACGAGGACACCGCUAUUUUCAUCAAUAUGUCUCAGGAGUUGAAGGAAGAGGGGAACAAGCUGUACCAGAGGCACGACCACGAGGGCGCGAUGUUGAAGUACGAGAAGGCGCUCAAAUUGCUGCCCCCGAAUCACAUUGAUGUGGCGUCGCUGCGGACUAACAUGGCGGCUUGUUACAUGCGAAUGGGGAUUGGUGAGUAUCCGAGGGCGGUGAACGAGUGCAAUUUGGCGCUUCAAGUAGCUCCCAAGUACAGCAAGGCUCUGCUGAGGAGGGCGAGGUGCUAUGAAGCUAUGAAUAGGCUUGACUUGGCGCUGGGAGAUGUGAAUAGUGUGUUGAGCAUGGAGCCUAGUAACACCACCGCGUUGGAGAUUGCUGAGAAUGUGAGGAAGGGGAUUGAGAAAAGUGGUCUUCAGAUUGAAGACAAGGAGGUUGUUGAGUCUACCCCAGCGCCUGCGCCUGCGCCUGUUCACAGGAGGGUUACCAAAGAGAAAGGGAAAAGGAAGAAAAACAAUAAGUUUGAAAAGAAGACUGUUGUGGAGCCUCUGGUGAAGAAUGUGAGUGAAGUUGUGGAAAAGAAGACAGAGGAUAAGGUGGUUGUAGAGGAGAAAAGAAGUGUUACGGAAGAGAAAGUAGUUAUGAAGUCGGUGAAAUUGGUUCAUGGCGAGGAUAUACGAUGGGCACAGUUGCCUGUGAAUUGUGGGGCUCGCCUGGUGAGGGAUAUAGUUGUGGACAGAUUCCCCAGUUUGAAGGGUGUGCUGAUCAAGUAUAAGGAUCAAGAAGGUGAUUUGGUUACUAUCACUACGACUGAUGAGCUGAGGGUAGCUGAGGGACUGGCUGAUGGUCAAGGACAUUUGAGACUGUACAUUGCUGAAGUUAGUCCUGACAAAGAACCUGUUUAUGAAGGAACAGGCAUCGAAGAAGCAUUGAGCCAAGGCCAUCAGGAGCCAUUUGUGGUGACAAAGAACAUUCACGCAGACAGCAAAGGGCCAACUUGUAUCGAGGAUUGGAUCGUUCACUUUGCGAGGCUGUUCAAGAGUCAUGUCGGGUUUGACUGUGAUUCUUACCUGGAUAUUCAUGAAUUGGGGAUGAAAUUAUAUUCAGAAGCACUGGAAGAUACUGUUACAAGUGAAGAUUCACAAGAAUUAUUCGACAUAGCGGCAGCCAAGUUCCAGGAGUUAACUGCUUUAGCCUCGUUUAACUGGGGAAAUGUUCACUUGUCUAAGGCAAGGAAAAGGAUGGUUACGGCUGAAGAUAGUUUAUCUGAAUCCACUGAAUCCUCCCUGGCGCAGGUUAAAGAUGCUUAUGAUUGGGCACAAAAGGAAUACACGAAGGCAGGCUUGAAGUAUGAGGGUGCUUUAAAAGUCAAGCCAGACUUUUAUGAAGGGUAUCUUGCACUUGGCCUGCAGCAAUUCGAACAAGCGAAGCUUUCAUGGCACUACAUACUUGAGAGCAAGUCCGACUUGGAGAUAGGCCCGUCUUCACAGAUACUGGAAUUAUAUAACAAGGCCGAGGAUAGCAUGGAGAAAGGGAUGCAAAUCUGGGAAGAGAUGGAAGAACAGCGCCUUAAUGGACUCUCAAAAUAUGAAAAAGAUAAAGCUUUGUUUCAGAAAUUUGGUUUGGGUGGUUUAUUUAAAGAUAUCUCAGCAGAUGAAGCUUCCGAGCAAGCUACAAAUAUGAGGUCCCAGAUUUAUCUUUUGUGGGGUACAAUGCUGUAUGAGCGUUCUGUUGUGGAAUAUAAGUUGUCUCUACCAUCUUGGGAAGAAUGCCUUGAGGUUGCAGUCGAAAAGUUUGAACUUGCAGGAGCAUCAGCAACGGAUAUUGCUGUAAUGAUCAAGAAUCAUUGCUCGAAUGAAACUGCUUUAGAAGGAUUCAAGGUCGAUGAGUUAGUACAAGCAUGGAACGAGAUGUAUGAUUCUGAUGCAUGGCGAUCUGGUGUGACGUCUACCUACAUGGAACCACUUUUCAGACGACGCUCUUCAUUCAUUUAUGGAGAAUUUUGAGUUAUCUUUGCAUAAUGUUGGUGACUAAAUAGAAGGCAAUAGCAUCAGAAUCAUUUCUAAGUGCCAUGUGGUUGCUUGUAUACCCCCAGAGGUUCUAGGUGACAGAUUGUUGUUGUUGUUGUUGGUCUUUUCAGUUUGGUCGAAGCGAAGAAAAACACGCUUCAGUGUCUCAAUUGCCCGUCGGUUCGUGGCAAUAUUGUGUCUGUUUUGUUGGUUUAGUUGCAAAAGUUUUUUGAUUUGUUGUUUGGCUCCACCAUCUAAAGGGGCUGAUCCAGUCUCAAUGUUUUUGGGUAGAGAUGUUGAGAAAGAGAGAGAGAGAGAGAGAGAGAGUGAGCAUACAUAUAGAAAUUGGAUUGAAUUGUAAAGUAUUUGUGGGUGGGUAUAUAAUAGAUUGCAUUUCUUUGGGACUUUGGGUUACUAGAUUUUAAGCUUGGCAUCUUCAUACCUUUACCUUGUGCCUUUAUUCCUGUGUUGAACUCAUCUCAUAUGUAUGUGGAAAUUUUUGGACAUUUCCAAUUAUUGUUAUCUCAUUGUUAUCGUUGGUAUUGA